AUGCCGCCUAAAACCAGCGGUAAGGCAGCCAAGAAGUCCGGCAAAGCUCAAAAGAACAUCUCCAAAUCCGACAAGAAGAAGAAGAAACACAAGAGGAAGGAGAGCUACGCUAUCUACAUCUACAAGGUUCUGAAGCAAGUGCAUCCCGACACCGGUAUAUCAAGUAAGGCCAUGUCGAUCAUGAACUCUUUCGUGAACGAUAUAUUCGAACGUAUAGCCGCCGAAGCGUCACGUCUCGCACACUACAACAAGAGAUCCACCAUAACGUCCAGGGAGGUCCAGACCUCCGUGAGAUUGUUGCUGCCCGGCGAGUUGGCCAAACACGCCGUCAGUGAAGGAACGAAGGCCGUCACGAAGUACACCAGUUCCAAAAUAAUAAUUUAUUAUUAUUCCUUAUAUAAGUUUCAACGCAUCGAACUAAACAUCUCCGAAUACGAAGACGACCGUGUCGAUUUAGUGACCAGAAGCAUAAACCCGAACCCCUCGAACGAUCCCCGCCGACUGCCUCUACGGAGUCGCCUAUACCCCCUCAUCUGCAGUAAAAGUAAACUGUCCCUUAGAAAUAAGGUCACACUUUACAAGACCUGCAUACUUCCAGUUAUGUCGUACGCAAGCGCAUGCUUCGCCCACGUCAGGCCCUCAGCCAUUAAUAAACUGCAAGUAGUGCAAAACAGAUUCAUGCGCAUAGCCACAGGCGCACCCUGGUACCUCAGGAACUCAGAUCUUCAUAGGGACCUCCAACUUCCUACGAUAGCUGCGCACUUCAAGAUGAUCUCAAAGAGAUUCUUCGAUACCGCGUCAAUACAUCCGAACCCGCUAGUAAUCCAAGCGUCAAAUUAUUCCCCGUCACCCAACUCCAAAUUAGGUAAGAGGCGUCCCAAAGACGUCCUCUUAGACCCUGACGACCAGAUCACGACAGACAAUACGAACAAUAAUCCCAACAACACACCAGACAUCAGAAACACACACCGCCUUCGCCGGCGAAGGCGAGGUCCCGUUUCAUACACGUCACUCCGGCGUUCUGCCGUCGGGGGGCGUCAUGUAUUCAAUCGACCCUCUAAUACCUCCACGACAACGACGUCCUAA